CUGAGCCGAGGAACCUCAGGGGCUGUGGGUAGGGGAAGGGGAGUCUGCUUCAUUCACAGGGGAGCCCUGGGAGACGGCAGCAGGAUGGGUGGGCGGCCCUCGAGUCCCCUGGACAAGCGGCAGCAGCAGCACCUGAGGGAUCAAGUGGACACCCUGUUAAGGAACUUCCUGCCAUGCUACCGCAGGCAGCUGGCAGCCUCGGUCCUGCAGCAGAUCUCCCGCGAGCUGGGGCCCCGGGAGCCAGCUGAAUGUCAGCUCCUGUGCAGUAAGAAGCUACCCCGAGUCCGCGAGCACCAAGGGCCCCUGACCCAGCUGCGGGACCACCCACCCCGGUGGCAGCCAAUCUUCGGUGUUCUGCGUGGGGAUGGCCGGCUGGAGUGGUUCAGCCACAAGGAGGAAUAUGAAAACGGGGGCCAUCCCCUUGGCUCCACAGCCCUGACAGGGUACACCCUCCUGACUUCCCAGCGUGAAUAUCUCUGCCUUUUGGACGCUCUCUGCCCAGCCUCCUCAGGAGACCAUACACAAGCAGAGCCUGAGGACCUCUUAGAAGUGCCCGUGAGCUUCCCGCUGUUCCUGCAGCAUCCCUUCCGCCAGCACCUCUGUUUCUCUGCAGCUACGGGGGGUGCACAGCGUGCUUGGAGGCUAGCCCUGCAGGGUGGCAUCCGGCUUCGGGGCACAGUCCUGCAGCGAAGCCAGGCCCCCGCUGCUCGGGCCUUCCUGGAAGCGGUACGACUCUACCGGCAGCACCAAGGCCACUUUGGCGACGACGACGUGACCCUGGGCUCGGACGCUGAGGUGCUGACUACGGUGCUGAUGCGGGAGCUGCUGCCGGCGCUUCGAGCCCAGACCCUGCCCAGCCUGCGGGGCACCGGCCGCGCCCGGGCCUGGGUCUGGACCGAGCUCCUGGACGCCGUCCACAGUGCCGUCCUGGCCGGGAUUUCCUCGGGGCUCCGCUCCUUCCAGCCCGAAAAGGACGAGCUGCUCGCGUCCUUGGAGAGGACGAUGCGCCCAGACGCGGACCAGAUGCUGCGACUGCGGACGCGCGUGGCGGGGAGGCUGCGGGCGGACGUGCAGGGCCCACUCGAGUCAUGCCUGCGCCGGGAGGUGGACACGCAGCUGCCCCGCGUCACGCAGAUGCUGCUGAGCACCGUGGAAGCCACGAUCAAAGGCGUGCGGACCCUCCUCGCCCAGGGCAUGGACCGUCUGUCUCGCCACCUGCGCGGGAGCCCCUCGGGCGCGCGGCUGCGCAGUGAGGUUUACUCGUUUGGGGAGAUGCCAUGGGACCUGGAACUGAUGCACACGUGCUACCGUGAGGCCGAGCGGAGCCGGGGCCGCCUGGGACAGCUAGUGGCACCAUUUGGCUUCCUGGGGAUGCAGAGCCUGGUGUUUGGGGCCCAGGAUCUUGCACAGCAGCUCAUGGCUGAUGCCGUGGCCACCUUCCUGCAGCUGGCUGACCAAUGUCUGACCACGGCCCUGGACUGUGACCAGGCUGCCCAGCAGCUGGAGAAAGUCAGGGGACGCGUGCUGAAGAAGUUCGAGUCAGACGGUGGGACAGCGCAGAGGAGGCUCGUCCGGGGCUGGCUGCUGCGCGUCUUCUUGCCCUUCGUGCUGAGCCGGCUGGGGCCAGGCUGCACAGCGGUGCUGUCCGAAUUCAAGGGGGACUUACUUGCCAUGGGCAGCCAGGCCCUGACCAUUGAAGGCAUCUAUGAGGAUGUCAUCCGGGGGGUAUUGCUGCAGAGGAUUGACCGAGAAUUGAAAAAGGCCGUUGGUGCCACUGACAUACCCUGCACUCUGGAUGGCUUCUCGGAAGCUCCGUGGGACCAGGAGGGAGCGGAUGAAGAAACUGAGGCUCAGAGAGAGGGAGGGACUCGCCCCAGGCAGCCAGGCUCUGGCAUCCAGGGCCAGCCACUCUGCCCACUGCCUCCUCAAGGAACAUUCUGGAGCUGA